UCUGGGUUGGGAGUGCAAAAUGAAGAUAUGGCAUUUCAACUUUGUCCUCUGAAACAUAGCUGAUCAUUCCUCUCAAAACCAAAGAGUAACAGUUCACAUGGGAUUGUUUUUGUUGUGUGCUUUUAACCUGGCCUCACAAAAAUUUAAUCAGUUUUGGGAUGACACUGACAACAGAAGAGGUCCAAGUUGGGAUGGACGUGAUUGACUUACUGCUACGAAGCACUGAUGAACAGGCCAACAGUUACCACAGCAACAACAAUUGGGCCCUAAACAUUCAAGAAAGUCCCAGUCCUGGGGAGAGCAGUGCUGAUGACUUCCUGGAAAGCCUGCUGGGUGGCAGCGAUUGCUCCUCAGCUCCUGCAUCCCCCCUGUGGUCCCCCUGUACCUCCUACAGCGCCAACACCGAAGACCAGGCCGGGUGUCCUGCAGAGAGCCAGGCUUCCCUCAGGCCUGUAUCAGAAUGUGCUGCGCUGUGGCCCUCCCAAAUGGAGCUGUAUCCAUCUCCAAGCAAAGUCAAGGUGGAGAGAACUUCUGACGUUGCAGUUGAUCUAGGUUGUGAUCCUACUGACCUGGAGGAGAAAUCUGGACUGAUGUACUACCUUAAAGCGAACCAGCCAUCCAUGCAGCCCUCCAGUCAGCCUCUCACUGUGAAGGACCUGCUUCUAUCCAACCUUGGACAGAAAGGCCAGAAAGUGUUGCAGCAGUCACUACCAGAGCUGGUGCUUGAUGAAGAUGAGAAAAGACUUCUAGCAAAAGAAGGAAUGACUCUUCCCAGUAAAUUGCCCCUGACCAAGUUUGAAGAGAGAGUUUUGAAGAAGAUCCGCCGGAAAAUCCGUAACAAGCGCUCUGCUCAGGAAAGUCGGAAGAAGAAGCGGGAGUAUGUUGAUAGUCUGGAGGGAAGGAUGUCUGCAAGCAAUGCUCACAACCUCGAACUGCAGAAAAGGAUCCAGCAAUUAGAAGAAACUAACAAGGCUCUGUUAGAUCAGCUUAACCAGCUACAGACUGUAUUUGCUAACAACUUUAAGAAGGCAACACACAGAGGGACAUGUAUAUUGGUUUUGCUCCUGUCCUUUUCCCUCAUUAUUUCCUCAAAUCUGCAGCCAGACCCUUCGAGCCAAGUGAGCCAGGGAGACUUCACAGAGACACAAGUGCUGUCACGCUCCCUGCAGUCCAUCCAAGUACAGGACAGCUCUGCCCGGCCACUCCUCUCUGCCCUCAGAGGGGUAGAAGUGAAGCGUAGUGGCAUGGAGAGGAUUUGGUCCUGGACACAAGAACCCACAGCAGAUCACAGGCACCAGGACUAUGCAUGAUCUCACUGAGCUCCACCCUGCCGCAUUACCACCCAAGAGGGAGUCCGAGUGUCGGGCGGCUUGCUAAUGCAGAUGCAGCAUCCAUAUGAGCACUCUGAUUACAUUUCUGAGCCUGUUCCUCAAGUGGAGCCUGGGGUAACAGUCAUCAGCAGCUUUACAUCUGGACAGUUGACAGUCUAUACCAUGCGUUUAUUGUAUGGUAAAGGUGAAAGAGACGCUUGUGCGUUGUAAAUAGAUGUUUUUUGCAAAUGUGAAACUAGU